CCCUCCCCCGCGGCCGGGAGGGCCAAUGGGCGCGUGAGUGGGGGCUGCCCGAAGCUUCCCCGCCCGAGGUCGGGGCGCGCCCCUCGGCUCUGGCACGGGGCGGGCACUGGCUGCGGCGCAGGGCCCUCCCCUCCCCCCGCACCGGCCCCAGCCCCAGCCCCAGGCGGGUCGCUGCCGCUCUCCGAGCCCCUAGUCUAGCACCGCGGCUCGCGUCGCUCGCACGGGGCCUCCCUCCGGGCCGCCCUCUCCUCUGGAUGAUGGCUCGCGGUGGCCGCGGCCGCCGCCUGGGGCUCGCCCUGGGGCUGCUGCUGGCGCUGGCACCCUGGGCGCUGCGGGCCAAGCCCACCGUGCGCAAGGAGCGCGUGGUGCGGCCCGACUCCGAGCUGGGCGAGCGGCCGCCCGAGGACAACCAGAGCUUCCAGUACGACCACGAGGCCUUCCUGGGCAAGGAGGACUCCAAGACUUUCGAUCAGCUCACCCCGGAGGAGAGCAAGGAGAGGCUGGGGAAGAUUGUCGAUAGAAUCGACGGUGAUGGAGAUGGCUUUGUCACCACUGAGGAGCUGAAAACUUGGAUCAAACGGGUACAGAAAAGAUACAUCUAUGAUAAUGUUGCUAAAGUGUGGAAGGAUUAUGAUCGGGACAAAGAUGAUAAAAUUUCCUGGGAAGAAUACAAGCAAGCCACCUAUGGUUACUAUUUAGGAAACCCCGAAGAGUUGCUUGAUACUUCAGAACAUCACACCUUCAAAAAAAUGCUGCCACGUGACGAGAGAAGGUUCAAGACUGCAGACAUCAAUGGUGACCAGACAGCCACACGGGAAGAGUUCACAGCCUUUCUGCACCCCGAGGAAUUUGAGUAUAUGAAGGAAAUUGUGGUUUUGGAAACUCUGGAGGACAUCGACAAGAAUGGGGAUGGGUUCGUGGAUCAGGAUGAGUAUAUUGCGGAUAUGUUUUCCCAUGAGGAGAAUGGCCCUGAGCCAGACUGGGUUUUGUCAGAACGGGAGCAGUUUAGUGAAUUCCGGGAUCUGAAUAAGGACGGGAAGCUGGACAAAGAGGAGAUUCGCCACUGGAUCCUCCCUCAGGAUUAUGACCACGCACAGGCUGAGGCCAGGCACUUGGUGUACGAGUCGGACCAAAACAAGGAUGAAAAGCUAACUAAAGAGGAGAUAUUGGAGAAUUGGAACAUGUUUGUUGGAAGCCAAGCUACCAAUUACGGAGAAGAUCUCACAAAAAAUCAUGAUGAACUUUGAGCACACUCACCAUAACAAGGCAGAGUGUUGUAGACUUCAUUAUCAUCUUGGUUGGUUGCUGCACUUGUCUAAUUUACACUAGUUGUGUCCCCAAAAAAGCAGUUUUAUUACCUCAGAUUGGGGUAAAAGUUGCUUUCCACUCCAUGUUUACUGAAAAAUAGUCAUCACUAUUCUUUCAGUAAGAUUUCUCUCAAAACACAUUAAAAUCUUGGUAAAUUCUCAAUGAGGAUACAUUGCUAAAACAUGACUUUUUAAUUUUUUUUCCCCAUUAAGUUUAAACUCAAGGGAAAUAAAACUUGAAAAAGCCCUGUUAUUUAGAACUUAGGUGGUUUGCCGGGGGGUGGGGGGUGGGGGCAAUAUAGGGAGUGACUCCUAUGUAUUUCAACUGAAUAUUUUUACAUUGGCCUCUGUUAAAUAGUGCGGGAAAAUUCUGGUUAAGCUGUGGUGGUUUAAUCUAGGUAGAGUUAUUUCAGAGCAAGUCCAAUAUUUCAAAUUCUUCCUUCUUGACUUUGUACUCUGAGCUAUUUCUGCAAAUGGAAUAUAAAACCUCUGUGCGUUUUUCUGUACAGACCUGCUCAUAUGCACAAUAAAUCCACACCUCUGUUUUUUUACAAUAAGAAACAAUCAAGAAAGAUAAUGUGAAUAAGAAAGAAAUUUUAGGGAGGGAAAAGAUGAAUGUCAGACAUUUGAAGAACCAGAGGAAAAUAGUAAACACUUUAAAUAUACUUAAGAAAAUGUUCUGGACAUGAAAAUGAGGUAGGUCUGAUCUUUGAAGGAGUGAAUACAGUCCUUUUCCUUGCUGGUCAUCUAAUGGAAUGAGGCUGUGGGAUCCUAUGGAAACAGAGUCUGGUGGGGUGCUGGAACAUGUCCCACCCGGUCCCAGUGAUCCCACAACCCCUGGACCUGCCCCCAGGACUGCUUUCACCAUGGAAUAAGGUCAAGGUGAUGUUCCAGGACAUUGAACUUGUUGAAGCAACUUUGACAGUUUGAAAUUCCACCUUGUAAGGAAGUGAAUGAAAUAAAGGAUCCCACUGAGGAUUUUC